AUGUAUGCACAGAGCAAACCCAAGUAUGAUGCCCCAUACAAGCACAAACAGACGCCCACGGCCCUGUCCGCGGGGUCCCUCUUUGCACACAACGGUAUUCGUCCCACUGAUAUCGUCCGAGGGUCCCUACUCCUUAUACCCUCAGACUCAAAGAUUCGCAUCUCCGACUUUAUCAAGAUCUCAGACGUCCUCGCCGUUGAAACCCAGUGCCAACCCGGAGUCUGGACUCUUGAAGCCGAGAGUGUUGCUACCCUCUCCGAUCCUACUUCUAAUGAUGAGAUAGCCCCUGACGAUGCACCUGAACCUGGUCCACUCUUUUGCAAAGGUUCAGAAUAUUUUAGCAAACUUCAAGCAUCUCAUGAUGCGAACAAGAGCAAGGCGAGGCAAAGCCCGGCCCCAGCGGUACGGCGAGGGACCACGGGUUUACAAAAUCUCGGCAAUACUUGUUUUAUGAAUUCCACGCUCCAGUGCCUGACCCAUAUUCCCGAACUCGAGGAAUACUUCCUUUCCGGUCUUCAUAAACAAGGGCUGAACUACGAUAACCCUCUCGGCAUGCAGGGUCAGAUCACUAACGUCUUUGGCGCCCUUAUCCACCACCUAUAUCCAUCCCCCAACUCAUCCGCCGAGCCUGCGACAAAGAGCUAUAGGUGGGGCAACUCCACAAACUCGUAUGCGCCAAGAGAGUUCAAACAUACCUUGGGAAAAUUCGCUCCUGCGUUUUCAGGCUAUCAACAGCAUGAUACCCGACAGUUUCUCGGGCCGGACAACGACUCGUGCAUGUCUCGGUUGAAAGUACUCGUUGCAUUCCUCGUACAGAUCUCAAUCACAUUCGAUCCCUUUAUGUAUCUUACACUUCCUCUGCCUGUGACGAAAACAUGGCGGCACAUCAUUCACUGGGUUCCUUGGGAUACGAGAAAACGUACGCUGGCCGUCGAAAUUGAGGUUCCGAGGGGCUCGAGUUAUGGAUAUCUGAAGAAGCUGUUCGCCAAAUGGUUCAGAGUCAAAGCGGAAAAUGUGAGCACUCCUGGUCUUUCUCCCGCCCAAGUUGCGUUUUUCUUCCGCUUCAAUCUGUGCCGUGGACACUUCCUUCCCGACUCAGAUUCGUUUCUUUGUGCAUUCAUCCAAUGGUACUGUUACGAAUUCCACACCCGCCCUCAAAGCUGCCCUAUCACACCUCGCUUUCCAAGCGCCUCUCUGACUCGUAUACCGCCUUUCCUUUCUGCAUUGGCCAUCCCGUAUGAUUUCGCGUAUGCUGGGCCACGCACGCCACCCUGGCGGCACCGUCUGCCUACUCGACCAUUUCAACCUGUUACUAUCAUUUACUCGCAAACUCGCUCCUUGCGGCGAAAGUACGGUUGCAUAAGUUCUACAAGUUUUACGAUGACUAUGAAUUUGACCGAACUCGCCGAGAAAGAUACCCUAGUCGUAUACAAACUUCCCGUUCCCGUCAAAUCUAUCGCCAAACCUCCUCCUCAAACGUCCUCGUUUACAUUUAGCGCUAAACUAAAACCACCUCCCAAAACCGACCCAAACGCCCCAUUCCUGCUACCUGGAUACCACAUCUCCAAGGCUCAACGCAGUACAGCGUUUGGCGUACCGUUCUUUGUGUUACUCACCCGGCCAAAGCCAGUUCGCGCGAGGAGAUCUACCGAGCUGUGGUUGCCACUUAGCAAGGACGAAGAUGGCGAAGGGGAGUUGGUUGAACAAAUACCUCCCAAGGCGGACGAGGCGGACGAAGCUGUGACGGAGAUCAGGCCAGAAGCCGACAAGAUGAAGGUCGAGGUAGUUCGAGAUGUGGAGAUGAAACCUGCCCAGGAAAUCGUGGCCAAGGAGGAAGUGUCUACGGAACACGCUCAGGAUGACGGAAAACUCGCGUCUCUUGCUGACCCGCAAGGGGAAGAGGACUUCGAGGUGAUCAAUCCGCAAACCGAAUUAUUCGAGCUACGACUAUUUAACUCGGUAACAGCGACUGGGAUCGAAACAGGGUUCAAUAUGAAUGCUUCUUCCGUUCGAUGGGUUGACUGGAAUACGCGUGAGCAGGCGGCAAAACCGGACCCAACUCUAUCUGACCCCGAGAGCGAGGACGGCAGCGCAGUAAUUGUCGAGAAGCUGUCCCAACCCACGCCGCUGGUCAAGCCCACCGACGCUCUUGUAUGCCAGUGGUCAUCGCCAACGCAGACACAUUUCUUUGGCUCCGAGUCUUCGCUUUUCGACGAGUGGGAGGAGUUUGUACAUCCAGAGGUCCAGGCGGUGCGGGAUGCACAAAUCAAAUCUCGUUCCGGCAGGUGUUCUAUUGAUCUCGAAGAUUGUCUCGACGAAUUCACGAAGGAAGAGCAACUUGGCGAGGAAGACCUCUGGUAUUGUCCUAGGUGCAAAAGGCAUCAGCAAGCAACCAAAAGAUUCGAGCUCUGGUCCGUACCCGAUAUACUUGUCGUCCACCUCAAACGUUUCUCCAAUGCCCGAGCCAUGCGAGACAAGAUCGAUGCUCUCGUUGAGUUCCCGAUCUCUGGACUUGAUCUGAGUUCACGAGUUGGAGAGAGCGGUCAAUCGGAUGAAUGCGUGUAUGACUUGUUUGCGGUUGAUGAACAUAUGGGCGGUCUUGGUGGAGGUCACUAUCGGGCAUAUGCGAAGAACCUGUCCGAUGGCGAAUGGUACCACUUUGACGACAGUUAUGUCAGCAAGUCGAGCACUGAAGACUCGGUCAAUGCUAACGCAUAUUUGUUGUUCUACCGAAGACGCUUGUCAGAUUCCAAGGCUGUGAUCGAGAAGGUUCGUGCACGAGUUGACUCGAAUCAGGAACCUGACUCCCAAAAGUCUAUUGACAUGGGAGGGCAGUCUGUCGUGCGCGUACCAGACGAAGCGGAUCCCCCACCGUUCGAACUCUCAGACCUCGAUGUUCUCGUUCCUCCAUCUGCUUACGACCUACCCGAGUCUCAGGCUUCCUAUGAUCUCCCGGGGCCAUACAGAUCCAACCCUGGCGGCUCCGACAACGACCCCACCUUCACCACGCCAUCACCAGUGACCACCGGCUCCGCUGGCGCCGAGUACGAUUCACUUGAAGAGAAAGACCAAGAUGGUGUAGAGAGGCUAGGGGGGGGGGGGUCGCGGUCGAGGUUACGACCACCACGACCACGGAGAGGAAAGAAGUUGGCGUGGUACCCAGACCCACUUUCGGGAAAAGACAAUAAGCCUGAGUCAACCUGUGACGACGGGCAGUUAUAG